CUGCCCUCAUGAUGUCACUGUCUGAUCAAUUGUUUAUAAAUAGUAUGAAAAUAUGAAACAAAGAUGUGAACAGGAAAACAUUCUGACUUAUAUUUGAAUACGUGUGUCAAAAGUCUUUGUAAUACCUUCAUUUGUAAAACAGCCUGACAUAAUCAUGCAACGUGAAUGUAGGUUAUUUUGCUAUUUUCCUCUGUAGUCAUGAGGUUGACUGUUCCACGUGUCCUCAGCAGAAAAACAAGCCUGGUUAUUUUUAGCCCUUGUUUUAAAAGUUCUUUUUAGAGUCAAUUAAUCUUUCCUCACAGACGAAUUGUGACUAUCUGUGUGAAGGUGUGCAUGUAGUGCAGUGUGUGAUGAGCAGACGACUCUUACACAAAGAUUCCUUCAUCCCUCAAGGGCUCCUGACUCUCUUGAUCUCAGGAGAGCCUCAGGCCAGACAGUUGUUUGGGAUCAUAUAUGAUGAUUUCAAAGACUGUGAGUGCUACGGCCACUCCAACCGCUGCAGCUACAUCGACUACCUGAACAUCGUCACAUGUGUCAGCUGUAAGCACAACACCAGGGGCCAGAACUGCCAACACUGCAGACUGGGAUACUUCCGCAACGCCUCUGCUGAACUGGAUGAUGAGAGCGUCUGCAUCGAAUGUAACUGCAACCAGAUGGGUUCUGUUCAUGACCGGUGUAACAGUACAGGCUUCUGCCAAUGUAAAGAAGGCGCCACGGGGGCCAAGUGUGAUGACUGUCAGCCGGGCUACUACUGGAAGCAAGGUUGUUACCCCAACAUUUGUGAUGAAGAGAUGCUCCUGUGCCAGAACGGAGGAACAUGCUAUCAGAACCAGAAGUGCAUAUGUCCUCCAGAGUUUAAGGGGGUACUGUGCCAACACUCCCGCUGCGAGGCGGGCAAAGACUGCAAUGCCGCCUCUUCGCCGCGCCUCUCUACAACCAGCCUGCUGCUCUGCACUCUGCUAGCCCACCUGCUGGCUACGUUAUCUCCCCACUGAGCCACGACAAACGCCCCUCAGACCAAGGAGUGUGUGUAUAAUGUGUGUGUUUGUCCGUGAGGAAAGUGGAGACCCAGACUAGGUAGGGCCAUCUAAGUCAUGGACCUGUUGAAUACACACACUCGCAGCACUCGCAAAAGAGCACACACUCACGCAAAACACCCAAUAUCUCCAAUCUCUUUUCAGACACAAACACACACACACAUACACACACUCACACACACACAUCUCACAGAACAGUUAUUAUAGUGAGUGUGUGCUCAGGUGUGAGAAGUAUGAUGAACAGAAAAAAAAAGGGCCUCAGAGAAAAGAGGUGAAGGGGGCAAAAUUAUACCAACCACUGUUCCCUUUAUUCCUGAGCUGGAGAAAUGUGCAUCAAACCAAAAAGCAUUAAGAAAACACUUAAAUCACCACUGUUUCACUUCAAAGGGAAUGGCUGUAGUAACCACGAGGAACUGUUCUCUUUUUUGUCUUUGUUUUCUUUUCUUGGUUGAGUUAGUAACGUCACCUUGAUUAGACUGACGGCCAAAUGUGUGUGAUCAGACUCUGUGAGAGGACGAGACGCACAAACAAGAUGGACGGGUCAGGAGGCGGGGGGGUGCAUUUGAUCCUGUUGCUAAGGCCUAUAUAGUAUAUUAACCAGGUUUCAUUUCUUCUCAAAAAAGAUGGGACUUGAUUUUACAUUUAUUCUACUUCUGCUGCAUUUUUUUUUAUUAUAUUGUCAGUCAUUGUAUCUAACGUGCCCACUAACAGUCGCUGAGAUUAUACAUAUUAUAUAAUAUCCAGGGGGUUACGAAUUACAAAAAAAAUAGUCACUAUUAUGGUUGUUAUAGGAAUGAGUGAUUGUUGCCACACUUAGCGAGAUUUAAUCUUCACACAGUAUUCAGGAAGCAGAAUUUAAGAGAAUUUAACUAAAAGAAAAGAGAGAAAAGAUAUCAACCACGUAUCAAUAUUAUAUGACAUUAUUUGACUAUUUUUUGUAGAAAUUAUUUUUGUUUGGAGUUACAAUAAAUUAUAAAAAAUGGCAUUUACAGCUAUUCCAAAAGAGCAUUUUAUUACACUGAGUGUAAACCUUGCAGUAAAUAUGACUGUUA